AUGGAGGGGAGCGGCGGCGGCGGCGGCGGGACGGAUCCGGGCCCGGCCGCGGCCCCGGGCGGGGAGGGCGAGGGCUGCGAGGGGCUGUGGGAGCUGCCGGUGGAGUGCUGCGAGAGGCGGCCCGUGUGCGGGCGCUGCAGCCGUCCUCAGAAGGUGUGUUUGUGUCCUUUCCUGCCUGUACAUCCGCUAAAGGUCUCUACCUGCCUGUAUAUAAUUCAGCAUCCAGCAGAGGAAAGUCGAGUGUUAAGAACGGUACCUUUGCUAGCAGCUUGUCUCCCUCCAGACAAGUGCAAAAUUUUGGUUGGUCGACGUUUUAACGAAGACAGGUAUCCUGAAUUAGCAACUGUGUGCAGAAAUCCCAAUACUCUAAUUUUGUAUCCUGGAGCUGAAGCAACCAAUUUGGAAGAAGUUGCAGUGAUGUCUUCUAGUCCAUCUGUUAUGAUUAUCAUCGAUGGAACAUGGAGUCAGGCUAAAGACAUAUUUUACAAAAAUUCUCUCUUCCGCCUUCCCAAGCAAGUGCAGUUAAAACCCAGUAUUUCAAGUCAAUAUGUAAUUCGUACACAACCAACAAACACCUGUCUGUCUACUCUUGAAUGUGCAGCUGUUGCUCUUUCCAUCAUGGAAAAAAAUAAGAGUAUACAAGAGACUAUACUCCAUCCACUUCAAGCUUUAUGCUCUUUCCAACUUCAGCAUGGUGCCCAGAUCCAUCACAGCAAGGAACAUCUUCUCAAAAAUGGCUUAUAUGACAAGCCCAUGCCAAAGAAUAAACGCAAACUCAGAAGAAUGGAGCUUCUGGUGAAUAAUGUUAAAAUAUAAGAAAGCUGUACUGACUGUACAGAGGGAUUUAUUUGCAGCUAGCAAAUGAAUAUGAAUCUGGAUUUGAUCCAAACAGUUGACUAUACUCUAAUAAAACACCUUUUAGGUUCUUCUUAGGCAAGAGUUUAUCUACCAGUGUGACAAACAGUAACGGACAAGCUUUUUCAUUUGUGCACUAACCCAGGUGCCUUUGUUCAGAUGAUGGAGGAGCAUUCUCAUUUCCUGUAGAGAAGAGGAAGAAAACUGAACAUAAUUUAGACUUAUGUUAUUGCUUGGGUGUCAGAUAUGAUCCUCAGUAUGACUGGAUGAAUUUAUUUUGGAAAGACUUUUACCAGUACAAAAAGACAAGAAAUAUGAAUAUGGAUGUGAUAGAAUGGUAAGGCCUCAGCAGUUAGAAUUAUGUUGAAUAUUACUGAGGUUUUUAGCUUCAGUAUCUAACUACAGUAGACUUUCAAAGCGUAAUUUCCGAUAUUCUUUAGUUCAGAUGAACAUAAGGCAUGUUAUUUGGACAGUUCUUUCUAACUUUGAGAUUUUUAUUUCUUCUAUAAUUAGAACUCCUUUUUGUAAAUUUACUUAUUUUUUUACAAUGCAGUCAAGUUUAGUUUCUCCCAGAAUUAAUUUUUAAAUGAAGUCUGCAUAUGUUUUUACAAGAAAUUGACCAAUUCUGACUUAGGAAAAGAAAAGUAGAAAUCGUGAUUUUUGGAAUUAUAACUCAGGUGCUUUGCUUUUAUUUGAGCAAAAAUUAGUCUUCCACAGAUGGGGAGAUGCUGUGGAUGUAAAUACAUCAUACCCAUACUCUGACAUACAAUGAUUAUGCUACUAAAGGAAUUAAACAAGCCCAGUGCAAACUGCUCUGUAAGAAGUAUGAUGCAAUGACAAAUGAUUAUAUCUGGUUACAGCCAACUAACAUAAUUAUAGAUCCUCUAGGCUUCAUGUGUUUAGUUUUUCACUUCUAACAAUGGUAUAAAUGUACUUCUUUCUAAUGGGAAUUGCUAGAAGCAGAAGAAUUGGGUAUUUUUACAGGCUUUCUGAAAUAAUAUUUUAUGAUCUGGAGGGAAAAGUAAAGUGAAGUAAAGGUUCUGAUAGUCCUUUCUUCUACAUAGAUGCCUCCUGCAUUUAAGAGAUUAAAAUGCUUAAUUGUUUGUCUUUACUGUCAGUUCCCCUCUAGGUAACAACAUGAAGCUAAUUGGGUACUAAUUAGUCUUAGAAAAAGAUAUUUUGUCUUUACUUUAUGAUCUGUAAGACAAGAAACUACAGGAGUGUGGUGGAGGUGGGAUGAGGGUAUGUGUAAGCACAACUAAAUGAAAGCUUUUCUGCAAUUAAUAAGAGAGGUCAAAAUUAGGCCAGAGAUUAGCUAAGAAGUUUUAGUUGACCCUGAGCUAAUAGUGACCUUUUGUUUAGGCACAGAUAAACAAUGUAAUUUGUCUGGCUGUGUGAGCAAAGCUUAUAUAACCUUUUCCUUUUCUCCCGGUCUAGAUAAAUCCGGUGUCUGUCACUAAAUUCAGCAAAGCUGAAUUAGUUUUGACAAAUCUGAAGCAAACCAGUCUCAUAUGAUUAAUGAUAGCAUAGAUGCACUUUUGUUCACAUUGGAAUAGAGCAAGGGCAUGUUUAUUCCUGUAGCACACCAAUCUCCAGGCUAACUUGGAGUCUGAAGUUGGAGUCUUGUGUAAUUUGUGUGCAGAACCUUGUGUGGGAUGCUGUGUCCACUUACCUGCUAGACUGGUAAUCUUCCUUCCCUGUGCCCUGGGACAUGGUCAAUAACUCCUUGAGGAAACAUGGGUAUCAAUUAAGCUUUAUUGUUCAUGUCAUAUUUACAUACAUGGAUGAUGUUUGCAUUUGAUGUUGUAUACGUUAAUUUAAUUUAGCUAAUUUUAAAUUGAUCUCCAGAAGCAGUGUAUCUUUUGACUUACAUUUUGAAGUUUAUUUUACCAGGCAGAAGAUUUUAGGUGUCUUUACAUAAUAUGUGAGUUUAUAUUAUAGGGAACAGAAAGAAAUUUGUAUUACAGCCUGGGAUUCAUAGCCAUCUGCA